AUGGUAGCCUUCGAGGCCAACAGCGUGCCCGUCGCGGGCGUGGGGCCGCCGGGGCCGCCCGGCCUGCCUGCGCUGGCGUCGCGCCUCGAGCUGCGGGUGCAGCGGCCCGUGUUCCAGCAGGAGGACAUCAACCGCACCUUCGGCUACGGCAAGCAGCCCAAGGAGGGAGGCGGCAGGAGGUGGAGCGCCGCUGCCGCCAAGAGAGCCGUCCUGGCCAGAGUGCCGGCCCUGGGCUGGCUGUCGGCGUACGACUGGCGGGGGGACCUCCCCGGGGACCUGGUGGCGGGGGCCACGGUCGCCGUCAUGCACGUGCCGCAGGUUGCCUCCGCUGUCUCCUUCAUGGUGGGCUGCUACAUGCUCGUCAUGUCCUUCUUCAGGCUCGGCGCUCUGUCGAACCUCCUCUCGGACCCGCUCGUCUCUGGGUUCAGUGCGGGUGCCGCGUUCCACGCCUUCACCUCGCAGCUCAAGGACGUCCUGGGCGUCAAGCUGCCGCGACGCCGCGGCGCCUUCAACGUGCCCCUCGCGUACUACGACCUGGCCCUGGCCGUGCCGCGCACCAACCUCAGCGCGCUGGCCGUGUCCGCGGUGGCCCUGGCCGUGCUGGCCGUCAACAACGAAGUCAUCAAGCCCUGGGCGUCGAAGCGCUGCUCCCUGCCGAUCCCCAUCGAGCUGGUGGUGGUGGUGGCGGCCAGUCUGGUGGGCGCGCACACCGACUUGUUCGCCGGCCUGCGGUCCAUCGGCCCCAUCCCCACCGGCAUACAGGUGCCGAAGCUGCCGCCCCUGGAACUCCUGCCUCUGGUGGCGCUGGACGCGCUGACGGUGGCCGUGGUGGCCUACGUGAUCGCCAUGUCGCUGGCGUUGCUCUUCGCGUCCCGCGAGCGCUACGAGGUGGACGCCAACCAGGAGCUGGCGGCCCUGGGCGCGGCUUCGCUCUUCGGCUCGCUCUUCUCCUGCAUCCCCGUGACGGCCAGCCCGUCGCGGUCCUCGCUGCAGCUCUCGGUCGGCGGCCGGACGCAGCUCGCGUCCAUCGUGUCCUGCGCGGGGCUGCUCGUCGUGCUGCUGUGGGCCGGGCCCUUCUUCGAGCCCAUGCCGCGCUGCGUGCUGGCCAGCAUCAUCCUGGUCGCCCUCAAGCCCAUGCUGGUGCAGUGGGGCGACGUGGUCAAGUUCUGGCGGCUGUCCCGCGUGGACGGCGCCCUGUGGCUGCUCACGUUCCUGGUGGCCGUGCUCGUGGACCUGGACAUGGCGCUGGCGGCCGGCGGGGCCAGCUCCGUCGUCAUCCUGCUGCUGCAGAGCGCCACGCCGUACACGUGCACGCUGCAGCCGCUGCCCGGCACCGACAUCUACGUGGACACGCGGCGCUACGCCAACACCGUGGCCCUCAAGGGCGUGCAGAUUUUGCAGUUUUGCGGAGUCCUGAACUUCGCGUCGCAGGGCCACCUGAAGGCGGCGGUGCGGCGCCUGGUGCCGGCCUCGGACAGCACGACGCUGCACGUCGUCCUGGACGUGGCCGCCGUCACCAGGAUCGACCCCUCGGAUGACUGA